UUGCUGAAACCAUCAUGCGCUUACAGGCAGCCCUCGUUAUUUUCGCUUAUUGCGCCCAUGUGGUAGCACCGGCAUGUUCUCCCCAAGAGAUGACCACGGGCUGCAAGAUAGCAGGCAACGUGUGCUCCUGUGGCUACGGCUGCUCCUCCGAGUUCAUCUUCAGGACCAGACGAGCUUGCUUGGACAACAUGAAAGAAAGGAGCUCCAACAUCUGCAACAGUUUACCGUGCAUGAGGGGUAACUGUCUCCAGACGCAGCAGGAUCCUGGGUACCUGUGCAAGUGCGAAGGCACUGGUUACUAUGGUCAGAGGUGCGAAAAAGCCUGCCCCACUGCGCCUGUCCGGGGUCUUGUGUUCCCACAUGAAUGUAUAGUUAUUUAGACUUUAAUCUGUUUAGCCUGCCGCCUGCCUAUGUAAAAAUGGAAUAAACAUCAUGCUAUAAUGUUCUCGUUUACAAAAGAUAUGGCAUUUUGACUAACGAUAAGGCUGGAUUUAUAUGCGCCCGCCCGAUCGCACGGUUUGGCGGCUAUACCACGAGAUAGCAAUUAUUAGGUUAGGUUGCACCAGAGACGUGGUUAAAGUUAAUGUUAUGG